CUACAAAUCAACUUUCCAUUGCUAGUCAUACAGCAGAAAAAAGAAAGAAAAAAAAAUUCCAGCGUGCUGCCAAUUAUCCAACCUAGACCUUGUCAGUUGUCCCUUCUUGGUCAUGCUCUUUAAAACUAGGCCAAUGGCUUCCUCUCCUUCCCAAGAACAGCAGCAACGAACGAUAUGAGUAUUACUGAAGGGAAAUCACUAGCUUCUACCUCCAAAUGUGAGGGGAUGGUGGAGCUUAGGAGAGGGCCUUGGACGCUAGACGAGGACACUCUCCUCAUCCACUACAUCGCCUGCCAUGGCGAAGGCCGCUGGAAUCUCCUAGCUAGGUCCUCUGGACUGUAUAUAUAUAUAGGUUUGAAGAGAACAGGGAAGAGCUGUCGGCUGAGGUGGUUGAACUAUCUGAAGCCUGAUAUAAAGAGAGGCAAUCUCUCCCCUGAAGAACAACUCCUCAUCCUCGACCUCCACUCGAAAUGGGGAAACAGAUGGUCGAGAAUCGCGCAACAUCUGCCGGGGAGAACAGACAACGAGAUCAAGAACUACUGGAGAACGCGCGUGCAGAAGCAGGCGCGGCAGCUCAAGGUGGACGCCAACAGCGCGCUGUUCCGCGACGCGGUGCGCAGCUACUGGAUGAACUCUGCCACCGCCCAGCAAUUAUACCAAGUCCCCUCGUCGGAAGACCUGGUCUCCGGCGGUGUUCCGCUCACAGAGCACAACAUGUUCGACGAAAUGACACCUCGGUCUGACCCGGUCAUGAUUUCUAGUGGAGGAGGCUACUGCUCCGUGAACAAAGCCUACGAUGUAGACCCAUGGAAUUUAGCGCCCAUGUCUGCAUCACCGGCCACCUGUUCCGUCUCGGCACACACUACUUGGAGCAAAAACGACGUUCCGGAUCAAAGCUUGUGGAGCAUGGACGAGUUGUACGACAUGUUAAAAAGCUAUAUGAGUGGAGCAGAAUCUAAAUUUCCUUUGGGCGAUGAUAGUUCUAGCUAGUUAGGGGGAAAAGCACACAGUGUGCAGAUGAACUUGUGUGUGUAGUAUACUGCUUCUUUCUCUCCAUGUACUGAUUCUCUUCAGUAACCUUAUCAAGUAACUCUCCAA